UGUGAAUCGCGUUUCAAUUUUCAGUCGAUGAACGUAGCAGCAGCAAGUUAGAACACCCGGCCAGGAUUGCUGGCGUGUUUUAUCAGUGUGGUUAUACCCCCCUUCUCCCUCUCCCUCCCUCCCUCUCUCUCUCCCCAUGUGUGCUGGCGUAGUUUAAGCCAAGAAGAGAGGAGGAAUUUCGCUAGAAGAGACUUUUUGGAGGCUGUUGAUCACGGAUCUAGAAGGCUUUGUGUGUGUGCGGUGUGUUUCGCUGCUCUAUCGCCACUGGGACAGUCCAGAUCUGGGGAUCUGUGUGCGCGGCAGAGAGAGAGAGAGAGAGAGAGAAUCUUUGCCGUGUAGGCGAAGGAUUUUUUUUUUGUUGGAGAACAUGUUAUUCUUGUGCCGUCCCGCGUUCGUUUGAUGAAGGGCUGUGUGGAAUUCUAGAGAGUGAGAGACGGAACACGAUAGCGACAAACUUGUUUCUUCUGUGGCCGUCUCUGCUGCGGGGAGGAUGCCCUAGAUGAGGAAGGGAAGAGCGAGCGUUCCUGCAGCCUAUCCUUCCUUUGUGCGGCGGCCGAUCGGGCUGGGGAGCGAGCCAUGAGGUGGGUGCGUGGAUGCGUCUGCUGGGCUCCGUACCUGUGGACGGUGGUGGCCGCCGUCAACGCUGCCCGUCCCCUCCUCCUCACCUUCAACAUCUCGGACACCAGCCUGACCCACCUGGCGGUCCACCAGGGCACGGGCGUGGUCUAUGUGGGAGCGGUGGAUAGGAUCUACAAGCUGGCGGGCAACCUGACCUUGCUGAGGUCCCACGUGACGGGUCCGGUGGAUGACAACGAGCGCUGCUACCCUCCACCCAGCGUGCAGUCCUGCCCCCACCCCCUGGCCCUCACCCGCAACGUCAACAAGCUCCUUCUCAUCGACUACACCCAGAACCGGCUCAUCGCCUGCGGGAGCGCCUUCCAGGGCAUCUGCCAGUUCCUGCGUCUCGAUGACCUCUUCAAGCUCGGGGAGCCUCACCACCGCAAGGAGCACUACCUCUCCAGCGUCAACGAGGCUGCCACUAUGUCGGGGGUGAUCAUUGCCGGCCCCAACGGCACCAACAACAAGCUCUUCAUCGGCACCCCCAUCGACGGUAAGUCCGAGUACUUCCCCACCCUCUCCAGCCGCAAGCUGAUGGUCAACGAGGAGAACGCGGAGAUGUUCGGCUUUGUCUACCAGGACGAGUUUGUGUCCUCCCAGCUGAAGAUCCCCUCGGACACCCUGUCCAAGUUCCCCGCCUUUGACAUCUACUACAUCUACAGCUUUAGUAGCGAGCAGUUUGUUUACUACCUCACCCUCCAGCUCGACACCCAGUUGACCUCCCCGGAUUCCAGCGGCGAGCAGUUCUUCACGUCCAAGAUCGUCCGGCUCUGCGUGGGCGACCCCAAGUUCUACUCCUACGUGGAGUUCCCCAUCGGCUGCCUGAAGGAUGGCGUGGAGUACCGUCUCAUCCAGGAUGCCUACCUGGCCAAGCCGGGCAAGUAUCUCGCCCGCUCCCUGGGCAUCUCGGAGAAAGAGGACAUCCUCUUCACCGUCUUCUCCCAGGGCCAGAAGAACCGGGUGAAGCCUCCCAAGGAGUCGGCACUUUGCCUUUUCACCCUGAGGAAGAUCAAGGAGAAGAUAAAGGCGAGGAUUCAAUCCUGCUACAAGGGGGAAGGGAAGCUCUCGUUGCCAUGGCUACUCAACAAGGAACUGGCCUGCAUUAAUUCCCCCUUGCCAAUCGACGAUGACUUCUGUGGCCAGGACUUCAACCAGCCGCUGGGUGGGACCACGCUGGUGGAGGGGAUCCCUCUCUUCAUCGAUGGCGAAGACGGAAUGACCUCAAUCGCCGCCUACGACUACAGGGGACACUCGGUGGCCUUCUUUGGGACCAGGAGCGGGAAGAUCAAAAAGGUUUUGGUUGACUCAGUGGCGGUCGGAGACCCACUGCUGUACGAGAGCGUGACCAUCGCCGAGGGCAACCCCAUCGUCCGUGACUUGGUCUUCAGCCCAGACUACCAGUACAUCUACGCCAUGACCGAGAAGAGGGUGACCAAGUGCCGGUGGGAGAGCUGCGACCAGUACCGGAGCUGCGAGAGUUGCCUGGGCUCCCAGGACCCCCACUGUGGCUGGUGUGUGCUGCAUAACAUAUGCUCCCGCAAGGACAAAUGCAACCGUGCAAAUGAAUAUCAGCGCUUUGCGUCUAACGUGCGGCAGUGCGUGCACCUCAGUGUGCAACCUCAAAAUAUCUCCGUCACCACCUCCGAGGUCCUGUUAAUCUUACAAACCCGCAACGUUCCCGACCUCUCCACCGGUGUCAACUGUUCCUUUGAAGACUUCACGGAGACGGAGGGUCGGAUUAUGGACGGUCGGAUCUACUGUCGCUCCCCCUCUGCCAAAGACAUCGUCCCAAUCACCAGAGGCCAGGGAGAUAAGCGAGUGGUGAAGCUGUACCUCAAGUCCAAGGAGACCGGCAAGAAGUUUGUCAGCACGGACUUUGUGUUCUACAACUGCAGUGUCCAUCAGUCUUGCCUCUCCUGCGUUGAUGGCUCCUUCCCCUGUCACUGGUGCAAGUACCGUCACAUAUGCACGCAGAACGCAGCAGACUGUUCCUUCCAGGAGGGCCGAGUGAACAUGUCGGAGGACUGCCCACAGAUUCUGCCGUCGACGGAGAUCUUCAUUCCCGUCGGGGUGGUCAAACCCAUCACGCUGGCCGCCAAGAACCUCCCGCAGCCUCAGUCGGGGCAGAGGAGCUACGAGUGCAUCUUCAACGUCCAGGGUACCGUGCAUCGAGUGCCCGCACUCCGUUUCAACAGCACCCGGGUCCAGUGCCAGAACACCUCGUACACGUAUGAAAGAAAUGAUAUCAGCGACCUUCCUGUAAAUCUCUCAGUUGUGUGGAAUGGGAACUUUGUCAUCGACAACCCGGCCAACAUUAAAGCUCACCUGUACAAGUGCAUGGCCCUCCGGGAGAGUUGCGGCCUGUGCCUGAAGGCUGACCCGAAGUUCGAGUGCGGUUGGUGCGUGCAGGAUAAGAAGUGCAUGCUCCACGCUGACUGCCAGGCCCCAGGCAGCAACUGGAUGCACCAAAACAGCGGCAACAGCAGAUGCACCGACCCCAGGAUCACCAAGCUGGUGCCAGAGACAGGGCCCAAGGAAGGUGGAACCAGACUGACCAUCACCGGAGUCAACCUGGGCUUGACCUUCUCUGAGAUCCGAUACGGGGUGCAUGUAGGCAGGGUCCGCUGUAACCCCAUCCCAGAGGAGUACAUCAGUGCCGAGCAAAUCGUGUGUGACAUGGAACAAGCCUUGCCCCAGGUGGCUGACAGAGGCUUCGUGGAGGUCUGCGUGGUGGAUUGUAAUGACGACUAUCGGGCCAUCUCAUCGGAACCCUUCACCUUCGUGGCUCCAAAGUUUAACAAGGUGGUCCCCUCGCAAGGGCCCGUAUCCGGUGGCAGCAGAGUGACCAUCAUGGGCGACCACCUAGAUGCAGGAAGUUCCGUGCAGGCAUUCAUUGGAGACACCGGGAACUGCACGUUUGAAAGGAGGACUCCAGGGGAGAUCAUCUGUGUGACGUCGGCUUCCACCAAGGGCACGGGUUCAGCCACGAUCACAGUCCACAUCAACAGGGCCCUGCUACUAAACCCCACCGUGAUGUACAACUACACUGACGACCCCACCAUCUCCAAAAUUGAACCGGAAUGGAGUAUUUCCAGUGGUGGGACUCCACUCACAGUGACAGGCACCAACCUCGCCACGAUCCAGGAGCCCAGGAUUCGAGCGAAGUACGGCAAAGUGCAGUCGACCAACGAUUGCAGGGUGUUGAACGACACGGCCAUGGUCUGCAGAGCUCCAUCCAUCGUGGGCCCCGACUCCGUCUCUCUGAACAGCCCCGCUCAGCCCGACGAGGUGGGAUUCAUCAUGGACAAUGUCCAGUCUGUGCGAGUCAUCAACGGGACGGGCUUCACCUACCACCCCGACCCCACCUUCGAGAUGCUCAGCCCCACAGGAUCCCUUGAGCUGAAGCCCAGCUCCCCCGUCAUACUCAAGGGCCGCAACCUGAUCCCCAACACGCCAGGCAAUGUCAAGCUGAACUACACGGUGCUGAUCGGGGAUAUCCAGUGCGCGCUGACCGUCUCGGAGACGCAACUCCUGUGUGAACCACCCAACCUGACCGGCGAGCACAGAGUCCUGAUCCAGGUGGGAGGGCUGGAGUUUUCCCCUGGGAUCCUGCACAUUUACUCGGACAGCUUGCUGACGUUGCCAGCAGGGUUUGGGAUCGGGGGAGGGGGUCUGCUGCUGCUGCUCAUCAUUGUCAUUGUGCUGAUCGCCUACAAGAGGAAGUCCCGCGAUGCCGACCGCACCCUGAAGCGUCUACAGCUGCAGAUGGACAACCUGGAGUCUCGGGUGGCCCUGGAAUGCAAGGAAGCUUUUGCGGAGCUGCAGACCGAUAUCCACGAGCUGACCAGUGAUCUCGACGGUGCUGGCAUUCCGUUCCUCGACUACCGGACCUACGCCAUGAGGGUCCUCUUCCCCGGGAUAGAGGACCACCCGGUGCUGAAGGAGAUGGAGGUGACGCCCAACGUGGAGAAGGCUUUGACCCUCUUUGGACAGCUGCUCAACAAGAAGGUCUUCCUGCUGACCUUCAUCCGGACACUGGAGGCCCAGCGCAGCUUCUCCAUGCGUGACCGUGGCAACGUGGCCUCCCUCAUCAUGACCGCCCUCCAAGGUGAGAUGGAGUACGCCACUGGAGUCCUCAAGCAGCUGCUCUCUGACCUCAUCGAGAAGAACCUGGAGAGCAAGAACCACCCAAAGCUGCUGCUCCGGAGGACAGAAUCAGUUGCAGAGAAGAUGUUAACUAAUUGGUUUACUUUCCUGCUCUACAAGUUCUUGAAGGAGUGUGCAGGGGAGCCUCUCUUCAUGCUCUACUGUGCCAUCAAGCAGCAGAUGGAGAAGGGCCCAAUCGACGCCAUCACGGGUGAGGCUCGCUACUCCCUGAGUGAGGACAAGCUCAUCCGGCAGCAGAUCGACUACAAGACCGUGACGCUGAACUGUGUGAACCCAGACAAUGAGAAUUCGCCGGAGAUCCCGGUGAAGGUGCUGAACUGUGACACGGUGAUGCAGGUGAAGGACAAGUUACUGGACGCUUGCUACAAGGGCGUUCCCUACUCGCAGAGACCCAAGGCAGCGGACAUGGACCUCGAAUGGCGGCAGGGGAGAAUAGCGCGGAUAAUUCUCCAAGACGAAGACGUGACCACGAAGAUCGACAAUGACUGGAAACGUCUGAACACAUUGGCGCACUACCAGGUUACAGAUGGAUCGUUGAUAGCACUUGUACCGAAACAGACCUCCGCUUAUAACAUAUCCAACUCCUCCACCUUCACCAAAUCUCUAAGUCGCUACGAGAGCAUGCUGAGGACAGCCAGCAGCCCGGACAGUCUCCGCUCACGGACGCCCAUGAUCACCCCUGACCUGGAGAGUGGCACCAAGCUCUGGCACCUGGUCAAGAACCACGACCACAUGGACCAGAGGGAAGGAGACCGCGGCAGCAAGAUGGUGUCCGAGAUCUACCUGACCCGCCUGCUCGCAACCAAGGGAACCCUGCAGAAGUUUGUGGACGACCUGUUUGAGACGAUCUUCAGCACGGCACACAGAGGCAGUGCCCUCCCUCUGGCCAUCAAGUACAUGUUUGACUUCUUGGACGAGCAGGCGGACAAACACCAGAUCACCGACCAUGACGUCCGGCACACCUGGAAGAGUAACUGUCUACCUCUGCGAUUUUGGGUGAACGUUAUUAAAAAUCCGCAGUUUGUCUUUGACAUUCACAAGAACAGUAUUACCGACGCCUGUCUCUCGGUGGUAGCUCAGACCUUCAUGGACUCCUGUUCCACCUCCGAACACAAGCUGGGCAAAGACUCGCCCUCAAAUAAACUGCUGUACGCAAAGGACAUUCCGAACUAUAAGAACUGGGUGGAGAGGUACUACGCCGACAUCGCCAAGAUGCCCGUGAUUAGCGACCAGGACAUGAGCGCCUACCUGGCCGAACAGUCUCGGCUACACCUAAGCCAGUUCAACAGCAAUAGUGCACUCCACGAGAUCUACACCUACAUCAAUAAGUACAGGGAUGAGAUCUUGUCGACCCUGGAGAAAGACGAGCAAGCGAGGAGGCAGAGACUGAGGGGGAAACUGGAUCAAGUGAUCGAUGCAAUGGCUUGCAGCAGCUGAGAACCCGUCAGAGAGGAGAGAUGCAGGAAGGCGGAGAGGAGGGGGGGUUGUGUGGAGAGAGAAAGAGAGAGAGAGAGAGAUAGAGAGCGAUAGAGAGAGAGAGAGAGAGUCUCGUUUGGCACCCAGCGCCCUGGGAUGUUUCUGAGCCCCGUUGCAAGAGCGUUUGGGGGUUUGGGGUUGGGGUGGGAGGUGGGUGGGUAGGGACGGGAGAGAAGCGUAAAUCGAGCAGUGUGCACACCAUGUACAGAAGGGUCGAGGCACCAAAGGGGCACUGCCAUCCCAGUUCCCGCACACAGCAUCCCGCUCCGGCCCCAGCGCCAACACCAAGAGCCGGGGCGGAAAAGAGGGACCUGAUCGCAACCGGAUGCUGGGACCUUUGUUCGGACUGCUGUUUCUUCUGGGGUCUUCUAACAGUUUAGUGUUACUGCUAAAUUUGCACAAUUUACGAUUUAAGAAAAAAAAAGGAAGAAAAAAAAAUAGAAAAAAGAGAAAUAUUUCCACUUUUAAAAUGAUUGAUAUAGAACUGAGUUCCACGAGCUUUGAUAUUUCCAUUGUUCUGUGCCAUUGUUUUCAUUUAAAUGUUCUUUAGUGAAAUACUUGUUAGUUGAAUUGUGUGGUAUAAUUUAAAUAUUACAUGCCUAGUGACUGACAGUGAUAACAAGGUUUUAUAAAAGAUGAAUCAAGCCGUCUUAGAGAUGGAGUUGGGUUGGGGGGGGGGGAUAUCACAGAGGAGAAGUUUAUUGAGAAAAGUGUUAGGAGAGGAGAGAGAGAGAGAGAGGGACAGUUAGAGAGAGAGUGUGUGUGUGUGAGAGAGAAAGAGAGAGAGCACACACAGUGUGUACCUCGAUGGAAAGAAUGACCUCAAAAUUUCAACCAUGACAAUUUUCUUUUGCAAAACUUCCAUCUUUUUACUUUGUUUAGAGACUUAGAGACACAGCAUGAAAUCAGGCCCUUCGGCCCACUGAGUCCGCGCUGACCAGCGAUCACCUCCCCCCCCCCCAUCUGUACACUAGCACUAUCCCACACACUCGGGACAAUUUACCAUUAACCUACAAUUAACCUGUACGUCUUUGGGACAUGGGAGGAGUUGGUGGAGUUGGGGAGGGGUAGAGGUUUAGGAACUCCUUGCCCAAUAGGUUUUGCCCCCUGAAGUGGCAUUGGGGACGAGGUGGCAGAACACCAUUUUGGCAGAGUCUCAACCAGAAACGUCACCUGGUCCUUUUCUCCCGAGAUGCUGCCUGACCCGCUGAGAUGUUCCAGCACUUUGUCUAUCGUCGUGUUGGAAGGGUUCCUUUAACAAUGUGACCACUCACAGCACCAAAGACCCGGGUUCGUUCCCGACUCUGCCUGCACGGAGUUUGUACGUUCUCUCUGGGACCGCGUGGGUUUUCUCCGAAUGCUCCGAUUUCCUCCCACAUCCCAAACAUGUGCAGUUCUGUAGUUUAAUUGGCUUCUGCAAAAUUGUAAAUUGACCCUAGUGUGUGGGAUAGAACUAGUGUGAACGGGUAAUUGCUGGGCGGUGUGGACUCGCUGGGCCGAAGGGCCCGUUUCCAAACUGCAACCCUAAACUAAACUGAAGUGGACUGUGUUUGGUGGGCUGUCGAGUGCUGGCAAUGCCAAGUCACCAACUCUGAGGAAUAUAAUGAUAGCCCGAGUUAGUGCAGACUCCAUGGUCAACACCGCUCCACCCCUUUGAUAUUUCCACUCCCACUGCCUCUGCACGCCAACCCGAGAGGAGGACACCACUGCCAAGAAAGAGCACGCGCUCCGUAACAUUCGUCCCAUAACUCCCGAAGCAAUGGACACCCACCCAAGACUUCUUAACGAUGCUUGAAUUCAAAGUGCUAUUAAGGAACGCCUAGAAACAAAGAACUGCAGAUGCUGGUUUAUACCAAAGAUAGACGCAACGUGCUGGAGUAACUAUAGCACAGGCGGGUCAGGCAGCAUAUCUGGAGAACAAGGAUGGGUGACGUUUUGGGUCAUGAUCCUUCUAUAGGUUCAGAACUGCGUUACCCUUGGCUCGGAAGGAUCCCGACCCGAAACGUCACCCAUCCUUUUUCUCCAGAGAUGCGGCCUGACCCGCUGAGUUACUCCAGCACUUUGUGACUAUCUUCACAAUGUUCUCCAUAUCUACAGAUAUACCUGAAUACCACAGGUUGAUGCAUACAUGUCCACCAAGGGGGAUGGGUGUGUGUAUUAUCAGGUCAGGAACGUGCAUUUUAUAUAAUUUAUUUGGGAUUGGUUUCCAAGUUGUAUAUCAUAAGUUCUAAGAGCAGAAUUAGGCCAAUCAGCACAUUGUCUACUCCGCUAUCCAAUCUUGGUUGAUCUAUCUCUCCCUCUCAACCCCAUUCUCCUGCCUUCUCCCCACAACCCCAGGCACCCUUACUAAUCAAGAAUCUGUCUUCACAUCCGUCUGUGACAAUGAAUUCCACAGAUCCACCAUCCUCUGACUAAAGAAAUUCCUCCUCAUCUCCUUUAUAAAGGUUCUUCCUUUUAUUCUGAGGCUAUGACCUCUGGUCCUAGACUCUCCCACUAGUGGAAACAUGCUCUCCACAUCCACAUCCAAGCCUUUCACUACACGACGUCACCCCUCAUCCCUCUAAACUCCAGCGAGUACAGACCCAGUGUCGUUAAACACUCGUCAUACGUUAACCCAAUCAUUCCGGGGAUUAUUCUCGUAAACCUUCUCUGGACUCUAUCCAGUUCAUCCAUGAGAUGGUGUUAGUCACGAGGCGCCUUCUGUGGACAGUCAGACACUGCCCCCUAGGGGCUAGAGAUGGAAGUCAAGCCUAAUGCCAGUGUGGGACCUCCAGUCAAGUGUUGGUCUCCAGGGAGAGAGGAAUAGUUCAAUGCAGCUUCUAUUAUCACGGAUGCUAAGUGCUAACACAGUGAAAUUAUUUCUCAUAUAAACAGUCCAGUAGAGUAUUGCCACGGCCCUAAUCCCUGAUUAUCGAGUGUACAUAAGUAGUCUACUGAGCCCACAUGCAAGAGGCGCCAUGUUUUGGCACCAUUGUCAAAGUCCACUCUCCAGUUCUCAUGAGCGGUGCCUGCUUCAGGCCAGCCCUAGAUAUCUGCAGGGUCUGCAGGGUCUCCAGCCAUCGCCUUCCUUGGCAGCCACGUCACUCUCCUCGCCCAUCCACCUUUGUUCCCCAGGGGUUGCCUCCCGUAGCCGAUCACGAGGGCGGUGUAGGCAAGACCCCGGUUCCCUCUCCUCUCCUGCCGGCUUUGCUCCUCGCCCGUGGUGUCCGUGGUCAUUGGCUCCAUCUCCCAGUCUCUGGUCUUCGGGGGCUGGCACGGCAACCUCCCCCUCCCAGGCCAGCGGUCUGCUGGGUCCUACGGGCAGGGGCUGGUCUGGCAGCUUCCCCCCUGCAUGCCACGGUCCACCAGGCCACCUGUACGGCCUUGCAAGGGCCAAGGCCUCCUUGGAGCUGUCGAGGAAAUGAGACAUUGUCUACCGCUAGGUCUGUUAGUGGGAGCAUUGCAAGAAAUCAGAACUCGUCAAUUUUUAAUUGGUUCUCUCCUUUGAACUACUAUUGUUCAUGUUUAUUGAAGAGUUUCAAAGCAUCGUUGCUGCACAUCUCCAGCCUGUGAAUUCACAGCCUCCGUUGCCAUGGGCGCUAAAAUCUCAGCACCUUUGAGAGUGAUCAUCCACACCUCCCCCCCCCCACCACUAGCAGCGCCAUUUCCUCAUCGGGGUGAAUGUGUCUUCCUUGCUUGCUGCUUACAAAACAUUUGUCCACUAUACAUUCAACAUGUUGUGCCCAAGCACUUUCAUACAUCCACCAUUCCACGGAAGAACCCAGAAGUCUACCUGGUAGUGUGGCUCAGCUGGUAGAGCCACCAUCUCACAGCGCCGGAGACCCGGGUUCGAUCCUGACCUCAGGUGCUGUCUGUGUGUGUGUGUGUGUUGGAGUUUGCACGUUCUCCCUGAGAUCCGUGAGUUUCCUUCGGAUGCUCCGGUUUCCUUCCACGUCCCAAAGACGUGCGGGUCUGUGGGUUAAUUAGCCCUCUGCAACUUGCUUAGGGAGUUGUUGAGAAAGCAGGAUAACAUAGAACUAGUGUGAAUGGGUGAACGAUGGUCGGCGUGCACUCGGUUGGCAGAAGGACCUGUUUCCAUGCUGUGUUUGUCACAGACCAUCAAACGCCCAUUGGCUGUGGAUGGCGGCUGGAUGGGGGAUUAAAAAGAUUAGGGGAUUAUGUUAGCUCAAUCCUCCCACAGAAACACAUCCAACCUACCCAAAGACCAUUCCUCUCCAGCAAUGAUUUCAAGGCCAUUGAAACAAUGGAGAAACCAAUUUGUCCCCCCCCCCCCCUUUGCCCAGUAGAUAAGUAGCAAGAGCAUGGGUACUUGGAUAAUGUAAAGCCCUUUCUUUCCUUGGGUUGACUGGAAUAAGACUGAAUGGCGAGAGAGAACAA